AAGCUAUGCUUGACUUCGAGGAUGACACGUCUCGGCGUGAGAAGUGCUACACGACUAUAGCGCAACUUCCUGCCUUUAUCAAUCCCGAGCAUCCGCCCACCAAGCGGUCACCCUUCUCGACCAUUCUCAGUCGCCCUUUCGUCCACACGGUUGGAAUCAUUUUACCGAAAGAGGUGUACUCGAACGUCCAAAAUUCUCUAGAGAGCAAAAUACAAAAGCUACGAUAUGCUAGAGUGUUCAUGUCACUUUCAUCUCUACUUGAGACCGAAUUUUUCAGCACAUAUAUCAAAACUGGAGAUGUUCUCAUGAUUUCGGAAGGCCGUUCAGGCUCAGACAGUGUCUUUACUCUCCACGAUGGUAUUUUGAAGCUAGAGCUUAGCAAAGAACUCUUCGAGAGAACUGGACUCACGGGUAAACCGAUCCGCAGCGGGGCAAGAAAGCAUGCAAAGGAAAGAUACGCCGUGGAGAUCAACCUGCGACUUCCCUCCAUGAUGCAUGGAAAGAAAGGCUUCGAGAGAAUAGUAUGGGCCUUCAAAAACGUCCUUACCCAGUCCGUUACGUGGCUCUUCUUUGACCUCGCUUCGGAAUCAAACGGCAUUGCCGAAGAUGAUCUCUCACUCAAGGGAAACCACCCCCAAAUCCUAAACUGUGAAGUCUCUUCCACAGAACUUGGCAGCACCCUCGUCCCACCCCUCCACAAGAUAUAUAUCCCAGGAGAAGCCCGUGAGGAGGAAUUGCAAGACCAAUGUUAUGAGCUUUCCGAAUGGCUUGCGAUGGUCUCACUCGGAUCGCCUCGAGUCGCUCCCAAUGACGAGGUAGAUCCGUUCCUUUGUCGCUACAGCGUACCAGACGCGGACGAGGCGCAGGCCUCCGAGCUUGUCAGUCUCAAGUGGCGUGGGCUUAUUCCGCCCCGGUGGAUUCUCGAGUUAUUUGUGACGGUGUUGAGAGAAACCUCGAAGGAUUCCAAUGCCUCUACCUGGUUUUCUCUUUCUUCAAGCGCACUGGGAAGAGAGGCUGUGGAGGCAAAAGAUGGGUAUACAGUUAUGGUGCUUCCGACAAUGGGCAUGGAGAAAGGGCAGAAGGUGAAAGGACAUGAUGACAGCUCUUCUCAACAGGGUGGUCCACAUUUUGUCUGUUGGGAGUUUGUCGGCGCUUCAGUUGUAUAGAUAGUGUUGGGAUAGAUCUUUUAUAACCUGCUCUUC